AUGCAAGGUAGCCCGCAAGGGAAGUACGUCAUUUUCGGAAAUUUCCGUGACUCAACUUCGGAAUAUUCACCAUUAUCCUCACAACUUCUCAGUACCUUCCUGCAGUCCGUUUCGCUUGAGUGUGGACUCGAUUCAAUACCUACGCAUUCCACGAACAAGCUCCACAAAACCGUUUACAAAACGGUCAACUUCCCAUGGAGCUCUCAGUACCUUAAUCUGGACCGUUUGGCGUGUGCGUGUGCUCGUUCGGAUAGCCCCAAGUCCCUGAAACGGGACCACCAACCCGUUGUGAAAUGGUUGAGGCUCGUGGGAGCUCUCAGUGCCUCAUUCUGGUCCGCUUGGCGUGCGCGUGGGCUCGUUCGGAUACCCCCAAACUCCAUGAAAAUGGUCCACAAAACCGCUUUCAAAAUGGUUAAGGCCUUGUGGAGUACCUUAAUCUGGUCCAUUUGGCAUGCACAUGUGCUCGUUUGGAUACCCCCAGACUCCCUGAAAACGGUCCACCAAACCGUCUGUGAAAUGGUUGAGGCCUCAUGGAGAAAAUACAAUGAGGAGGAUGAGGCAUUCAACUGUGGGAAGAAAUCAUUUUCGUGGGAGAAAGUCAAAUUUCAGCGUUACCGCGCUGAAAAAAGUCUCGAGAUCCCAGGCGAACAUAAUGCGGAACACACCACUGUUCCUUGGACGAUGUGGCCCAACAUGGCAUUCAAAUUGAAGAAGGUCAUCGCCGGGUGGGACUCCGAUGUGGUUGAUAUAGCUUUCUGUAGGGCUUUCGCGUAUGGGAAGAUCAGUAACAAGCAGUGGUGCCAUCUCUCGAGACUCAUUCUCGAAGGUGUUCUCACUAUCAAAGACUGGACAGCAGAGCAGAAACAGAUUCCUGAAACCGAUGCUCGCUUUGGCGAAAUUCCUGUCGUUCUCAACUUACGUAGCUUGCCUAUGGUGUUUAUCAAAGACUCCUCCAACUGGGUGCGCCAGAACUGCAAAAUCGACUCAGCAACUCCAUAUACGCCACACGCUCCCUCUGCUGCUUCCUCUCCUGCUCUUCUUUCAUCCAAGAAGUGCACCUACGAGGAUCUGUCCCUGGUUACUGAAGAGAAUGCAAGGAGAGAGCAUCGUAGUGUUUCCACUCCUGCGCAAAAUGAGAUGGAACCGCCGGCAAAGCGCCAGCGUCAUGUUACGUUCUCCUCUCUUCCAACGACCAUGUUCUAUAUGAAACAUCGGCAAGAACAGUUAUUACAGAAGAGUACAGCUCGUCAUUCACCAUUCAACCAACCCUCUUCAUCGUCAUCGAGCCAAGCUACCCUUGCUUCAAAGCCACCUGCAAACCAAGUCACCAAGUCUAUCUUAGGAGGUCGUUACAAGGGCAGUGCUGGUCCUAGUAAAAACUCUACUGGUUUCCUGAAAGAUUGA